AUGUCAGAAACUACGGUAGACGAGGAUAAAGACAAAGAGUUGGUGAGAUUCCGGAGAUGGAUCGCAAUGACUCCAGAUGGAAAAUGGAGAGAAUACAGAGGAACUUGUGAUACCGUCAGCGUUGGAGACGGACAUGACCUUGUUGAUCUUGUUGACAAAAUGAUGUGGGCACGUAUUCAACACUUCUCACAAAUGCUGAGAGGAUGGAGAACUAUGCACACCAACUUGACACCAAGUAAUGCUGGACGGAUCUUCAGUGAGAUGAUGGCAUCGAUCGAGUCGUUGGAGAAAUUUGAGCGAGACAACUUUUCGGAUAUCAACAGCUGGACAGCGCCAAAUGAUCGAAGUGCCUUCCCUCGCUACCUUUCUGAUCUGCCAGUGUUAGAUGGGACCACUGAACCACAACCUGCUCUUUCGGAAGAUGAACUGAAAUUGAAGGAAAUAUUUGGAGAUUUUGUGCCAAAGAUUUUGAAAAAAGUAUUGGAAGAACUCCGACAAGAAUCUCAACAGAACGGGCAGAAGCUCCUUGCGCUCGGAGGACCUAAUGAACCUACUAUCCAAAAUAAGACUACACAAACUGUCACUGACGUUGUACCCGUUCUACCUAACCCACCAAAUCACCAUCCAAAGAGAACUUGUUUCGGAGUCGGAGUAUCUUUCGAUGAGAACGGACAAUACAGAAUAACUGGAAUGAACACUGUCUUUCCAGAGUUGGCACCAGUAACUGAAACGCCGGUGGCUCCUCAAAAUGUCCCAGUUUCCUCUCUCGCCGUUUCCAGACAAGGGCCAAGUCUUAAAGACCAAUUUUUUGCUGUUUUAGUUGCUCCAAAUGAGCAUGGUGGUGUAACAUCUGUUGGAUACACACCGGUAUACCUUCCGCCAAUUACAAGUGAGAAUAUCUUCAUUCCCAUGUCAGCAGUCGAGUCUCAGCCAGAUGUACCAAAUCGCAAAAAACGCAACAGACACCCUCGUGGGACACCAGGCGCUCUGAGACCUCAACCAGUAACUCCGUCUAGUUCAACACCUAUCAGCGGUCAGAGUGACUCGGGUUUUAGUACAACAUCCGACCAAUGUAAUACGUCGUCUCGUUCAAGUUCACCUGCCGUUACUCCUUCAGAGACUGAAACUCCGAAAGCAGAGGUCCCUAUCAAAUCAGAUAUUACUAGAGAUGAUUCUAUGGAAACUGAGAAUGAUUUCGUGAACGUAGAAGCCGUUGAGACUACUUCUUGCUCAAAUGCAACCGUGCCACCUGCAAUUAAACGUUUAAUCCCGAAGGAAGAUGAGAAGCAGCUGCCUGUUUUGGCUAUUGUCCCACUUGCAUCAUAUGCAUCCAUUGUGGCAAAACAAACUAAUUCCAUUUCCACACUGCCACCUGACAGAGCAACAACAUCGUCGGUUACAAGUGUCUCCUCUCUCCACGUUGUCAUGGAAGACAAUCUUGUGGAGGAAGGCAGCGACCAGCACGAAACAUCGAUGACGUUGUCAGAGGAGAGCGAUGUUGAAAAUGCUAAUCUGAAAGUGGAUACAUCGGACGAUGAAUGGGUCGUUGUUAAGACUAAGAAUGCAAUUAUUCCUAUCCAACCGGAACCAGUUCUCGUUGAAACCCCAAUAUUAUCUGCAGCUCCGCAAGUUGUCCAACAGGAAGGCCCAAGCUCUUUGUCGGAAAUUGCUAAUAGUUGGGAUGACUUCGAAGUUGAUGAAGAAAAAGAGCGGGAGAUGGAAAGAAGAAGAUUGAAGAAACAGAAACAACGAGCUGCAAGAAGUCAACGUCAGAAGGAAAUAAGACGAUUGAGAGUUGAGGAGGCUACAAAUUCUGAAUCUUCAUCUUCUUCUUCUGCAGAACCCAUAGAAAAUGAAGAUGAACCAGUUCAAGUAGCUACAAGUGAGCCACGCGUCAAAGCCACUGUCAGUAGUAUAAUGGACUAUAUCAUACGAGAUGCAGUUGCCGAAUUCCAAAAUACACAAGCUAUUGAGAAAGCUGAAAUGGAGAGAAGAGCUGCUGAAAAUGCCCCUGCUGAUCCUUAUAGCACUGGAAAAUACAGUGAUGGAGAUAUCAUAAAGGAGGAGGAGGAUGAUGAACGCAACUAUAGAACACUUGAGGCAAAAGAUUUAUAUUUCAAGGAAGCCACCAAUCAUGCUAAAUUGGCGUUUCGAAUUUUGUGGUUUGACAAUAAGAAGAAGUUGGAGAAGUUACGAAUCACUGAUAACCAACGCAAAGAUAUUCAAUCUAGAAUUGAUAAAAUCCGCAUUAUGAGAGACCGUGUGGAUAUGGCAGGAAGAUUUGUAGUUUACCGAACUAGUCGCCCAAAGAUAACUCCUGUUAUGGAAGAAAAUAUCAUAAACGUUGCCAACAAUCUAGUCGACUUGGAAAGACAUAGCAUAGAUAGCGAUAUGGAAAUGGCAAGAAGUAUGCGGGAUAUAAUAGGAAACCUUUCCAAAAAGUUCACCUAUAAGAAUUACGUCUACAGUAUUCUCUGUCUUCCAUUAAACUUGAUUCCAAAACUACGAAGCGGCGAUUCUCGAAUUGGGGCUUACAAGCAUAUGGAAAUUCUUCUCCGACUUUACAUGACACGUGUGGAAAAGUGUUAUGAAGAUCUCUGUGAUUUAUAUGAAUUCAAUAUUGUGAAGGUUAAAGCGAAUCGGAACAGUAGAACAUAA